AAGUAAGACGUAUGAAGAUGUAGAUGUGAUCCUCAUGUUGUAUGGUUGUCAGUGAUUUGGUUUACUUUGCAAAGUUGCUUUUGGAUGGUUGAUGAAAUAAGUGGGAUUCUAGUUGGCUCCGUUCAAGCAUGCACCCUUCAUAUCUGGUUAGGAUCCUUGAUUAGCUGGUGGGAUUCUGAUUGGCUGCAUUCAAGCAUGCACCCACGCUUCAUGUUUGAUGAUAUCCUCUUGAUGUUGGGCAUGGCUUGCUACAUAUUCAAGCAUUCAUCCUCCAUUAUUUGGUUAGGAUCCUUGAUUAGCUGGUGGGAUUCUGAUUGGCUGCAUUCAAGCAUGCACCCACGCUUCAUGUUUGAUGAUAUCCUCUUGAUGUUGGGCAUGGCUUGCUACAUAUUCAAGCAUUCAUCCUCCAUUAUUUGGUUAGGAUCCUUGAUUAGCUGGUGGGAUUCUGAUUGGCUGCAUUCAAGCAUGCACCCACGCUUCAUGUUUGAUGAUAUCCUCUUGAUGUUGGGCAUGGCUUGCUACAUAUUCAAGCAUUCAUCCUCCAUUAUUUGGUAUGAUUUAUUCUAA